AUGUCGAAUAAUAAAUUGAAGAGUAAUACUUUUAUAAAAUACGAAAGUAAGAAUGUAGAAAAGAAAAAUGAGACAAACAGUGUAAAGAAGCUUAACAGUAUAAGUACAAUUAAAAAAAAAAGCGAAGAUAAUAAAUUAGAAAGAGUUACAUUGAAUGAAUCUGUAUUUAAUGAAGGAGAUAAAAUAAUGAGAAAAAAAAAAAUUGUGAAGAAACCUGAGGAGACAAAUGAUAAAAGGGAAAAUAUGGAAACAUCGGUAAAUAUAAAUGAAGAAGGAAAAAGAAGUAUAAUCGUAAGAAGAUUUACACAAAAAAAUAAUAUGAAUAAUGAAGAACUAUCUGAGCAGAAUUAUAAUGAUUGUAAUAAUAUUAAUAAAAUAGAAAAUAUAAAUAAUAAUAAUAAUAAUAAUAAUGAUAAUAUAAAUAAUAGUAAUAUGCCUGUAGUACGAAAAGUUAUAAAAAGGGUAAUACGUACAAGAGUAAAAAAUAAAAAAGAUGAAACAAAUAAAAUAUUAAACGAUAAUUUAAAUAAUAAUGAAUCAAUCAAUGAUAUAUCUUGUGAUGUAAUUAAUAAAAAUGGGAAGACACAAGAUUCAGAUGAUGAAAUAUUAAAUUCAAUUAUACAGAAAAAAAAUGAACUUGUUAUGGACACACCUACUGAAGGAGAUAAUAAAGAAUUAAUUCAAAAGAAGAAAAAAAAAAUAAUCGUUCGAAAAAUAAAUGUUAGUGGGAAAAAUAAAAAAAAUAUACCUGAUGAUAAAAAUGUAUAUGCUGAGAAAUAUAAUUAUAGUGAAAUAUAUAAUUCUGAUGAUAAUUUGUUUUCUGAUAAUAAGGGGAAUAAAACCAAUAUGGACCUUUCUCAUUUGGAAAACAAGAAAAAUUAUUUAUUGGAGGGACACAAUCAUACAGACAUAUUAAACGAUAUAGAAAAUAAGAGUCAUGAUAAUGUAAACAAUUUAAAGGAUGAUAAGAAAAAAAUAAAAGAUUAUCAUAUAAAUAAUAAUUCUGUAAAAGGCUUAAAUGAAGAAAUAAAAUCAAUAAAAGAAGAUAGAAAAUAUAUACAAUAUUCUCUAGAUAAUCAAAUUAAUGAGAAUAACGAAAUGAAACAACUAAAUACAGAAUUAUUAAAUGAUAAUAAUAAAAUAAAAGAAAUAAACAAAGAAUUAUUAAACGAGAAAUUAUAUUUAUCUAAAGAAAUGGAAAUAUUAGAAAGGAAAAUAAAUGAAUCAAAUGAAAUGUAUAAUUUACUCAAUGAUAAAUAUAAUAUUUUAGAAAAUGAAAACAAAAUGUUAUUAGAUAGAGAUAAUGAAAAGGAAUUAAAAAUUCAAAAUAUGCAAGAGGAAAAUUUAAAAUUAAAAAAAAAUAUUGAAGAAAAUAAUUCUUUAUUAAAAAAAAAAGAGGAACAAAUUAAUGAAUAUAUCAAUGAAAUUGAAAAUUAUAAAAUUGUUUUAAAAAAUAAAGGAGAAAUGUUAUUGCAAAAUAGUUCUACUAUGGAUAAAAAUCUCUCAUCUGAUAAAAAUCUACAAAAAGAAUAUGUAAACAAAUUAAAUAAAGAAAAUAAAGAAUUAAUUUAUGUUUUCAAAAAACAAUUAGAUCUAAUAGUCAUACUAAAAAAACAAAUCAACCUUUUACAAAAUAACAAAAUUUUAAAUAUAACUUCAAAUGAAUUCAAAAAAAUUAUGCAAGACUGA